AAAAAAUUUGUGACUCCUUUCCACACUUUUCAUCAAAUUACACCACAACCACUUCCUUUCCAUCAAUUCUGAGCGAUUUUUCUGGGUUAAAUGUCCUCAGAAUAAUUGUUCCUAAUUUUUUUUCCGUGUAAAUCGGAUGUGGUUUGGCCGAGAUUGACUCGAUGCUCCGCGACGAGCUGCUCAAGGCCAAGAACGAUGAGAUCGAGCGUUGCGUGCAGUCGCGGAAGCGCAAACUGAGCGAACUGUACUUUGCGACCGUCGCCUGUCUUGGUACCAAGAUCUCUCUCCAGAGCGAGCAGUAUCGACGCCAGGAGGCUGCCUUUCUCGACGCGAAUGAGAUAACAAAAGGGCGAUUCUAUGACCAAGGCACGCUUCCGCUGCGGCCUAAUGUCGCGACUGCCCAUGCAGAAGUACCGAGCGACCACACCGUCCGCCACGCGCCCAGGCAACAUGGCCCCGAUGGUCAAAGCGAAAGCCGCAACCUCUCUCCGGUUGAAGGCGCGCCAUCGGGUGUAAAUGGACCUGACACGCCGGAUAAACUAGGCAAGGAAGUUGUUGCUGCUUACCCUCGCGUCGACCUUGCACAGGCUAUCACCACACCCAAGCUUCAACCAGGUGUUUCCUCCUUGCAGUCGCUAGGUCGGCCACCAAAGCUGGAUGGUGUGCAUUCAGGCACAUUAAAGGAAUCCGCCGCCUCGCCUCCUCAACCUCCUCAGUUCUAUCCCUCCCCACUUUCAUCCCAAAAGCAGGCUCCUUCCGACUCCGCCAACGCCUCUCCUGAAGACAACCAGACGCCUCCCACGCAGACCGCUAUAUCAGAAGCGCAAAAGCCGCGCUCAACGUCUAUCGCUCUCCCUCAAGAUGCUGCACCCUCGUCCCCAGUCUCCACGGGUCAGUCUUCUGUCCAUACUUCUGCGACAGAUAGAUCCCCCGCCUCAACCUCGACGGAAGAGUCUAUCACGUACCAAGAAGCAACCGCUAAAUUUCGCGAAGAACCCUUGUCGCAGACAUCAGGAUACGAAGUAGCCAUCACCAGCAAGGUUCCUUCCACACCAGAUGAGCAAUUGAAGUUUGAAGCUGCCAUGUCCAAUGCUUCUAUUACGCCAAAACCACGCCACGACGAGGUCCGCCAAGAGCAGCUCUCGACGAACGUAUCGCCAAUUGGUGCUGCUUCGAACAUCGUCUCAAACCAAGCAGGUGAAAAUGCUGCCGUGCUCACUCCGUCUGAGACUCCCGUUGCACAGAGAGCUGUCUCGGAGUUGGUCGAGCCUGCCCUUUCUACUGCUUCCGAGACGCUGAAGAAAUCGCCCUCGGUCACUAGCGCUCCAGAACCAAUUUCCCGACCCGAGCGUAUGACAACUAGAGUAUCGUCGGGUGCGAUCCGACACAAAUCGGUUUCCGAGAUUCUGGGAGAAACGCCGCGAUCUCCAGCCUCUCCUACGGAUAGAUCACCCAGUGAUAAACUGUCCCGUGAGAGGACCGCAUCUCCACGAUCACAGGUAUCUACCACGGAGUCUCAGCUACAGAUGAAGGAGAGGCGGGAUCGAAAGGGACGAAGCAAGCUCUCGACGGUUGUGUUCCCAAAACCGGCAUCCCCGGAGAAACAGAAACUGCUCACCUUAUCUAGCCAAACUGAUGCGCCCAGCGCUAAUGACCAGGAUGACUACCUCUAUCUCCUUUUUCUUGUUAAGGCUUACUUCCCUCCAAGGGGCAUGCAUCUUUCCACACUUAUCGCGACCGCGCACAAGACCCUAAGUACUGCGAAUCACAUGACAGAUUAUGCAGAGCAGGCGAAUACCCGAACGCUAAAACGUCUGUACCAACUUCAGCAUUCGGGUAGGUGGCCUCUUCGACAGCUGCAGCGUUCUCCGGAGCCGCCCCGCUCGGCAGCCCAUUGGGACAUAUUUCUUGACCAUGUGAAAUGGAUGCGGAUGGACUUUAGAGAAGAAAGGAAGUGGAAGAUCGCCGCCGCAAAGAAUUGUGCCGAUUGGUGCGCAGAGUACGUUGCGAGCAGUGAGGAAGACCGUACGACACUGCGGAUUAAAGUGCGACCACAACCAACAGACACCGAAAUCGCGUCGAAAGCAGCGCCCCCAGCAGAAGAGCAUCCUACACCGGAUCUUAUACCGUGUGCUGAUGAUGACUCCGUGAGUGAUGGGUUCAACGACGAGUUUCAACCUGACUUGGACUAUGGCGUCGUCCCGGCUGCAGUAUUUUCACUUCCCUCUGACGAGUUUACGUUCCGCAUGGAAAAGACGGUGGCAGCGGAAAAGAUUCUUGAUGAACUUCCCCUUUAUACGCCCGCUAGGAUUCUUCCUGGAACAAACAAACCCUCCUUCGAAGAAUCGCCAGACGCAGUAUGGAAAAAGGAAAUAGCCCCUGUGUCCAAGUGGAUCGAUGGCAAAAUCCGUUUUACUGGGGAAGGCCCGCCGCGAAAGAAGAGCAGAUAUGACUAUGAUGCGUCUGACGAUGAAGAUGGCCCGGACAAUUCUGUUGACAUGACGCCAGAGAAAAAUGAUGUGGCACUUUUCCAGCCCGAAAAUAAGCCUAUUCGCGAUCGUGUCCAUCCGAGCCACUGUUUCCGUCCACCGACAGAAUACCCAAUGCCGUCGGUCGGCUUUUACGAGUCUCGACAAUCCUCUCAGUGGACAUGCGCCGAGGACGACGAAUUACGUAGGCUUGUUCGAGAAUAUUCGUACAACUGGUCACUCAUCUCAAGCUGCAUGGGUUCACAUUCAAAAUUUUCUUCUGGAGCCGAAAGACGAACUCCCUGGGAAUGCUUCGAGAGAUGGAUUGGCUUUGAAGGGCUUCCUGCCGAUAUGGCAAAGACUCCUUAUUUCCGAGCGUACACCGCAAGACUGGAAGCUGCACAGAGAACUGUUCUGGCUCAGCAACAGGCUGCUCAACAACAACAACAGCAGCAGCAUCAGCAGCAGCAGCAGAAUGGCAAUAACAACCCAACACCCCAGGCAUUUAUUCGCAGGCGAACAACUCAACCUAUGAGAGUGGAGCGAAAGCGAUCCUCGCGACACCUAACCCUUCUUGCUGGUAUGAGAAAACUUACUCAGAAACGAGAGGCUGCGCUUCAAAAGCAGCAACAUGGUGCACAUCUUGCAUCCUUGCGGAAAGCCAACGAAUCAAAUCAACCGCGGCCUCCCAUUUCUACACCAGCAGAGUUUAGCCGAAUGAAGUUUGAGCGAGAGCUUAAAUACCAAGAAAAGCAAGAGCAAUAUCGGCAGCAAAUUCUUGCUCAUCAGCGGGCUGCUUUGGCUCAACGGGUUGCGCAGCAGCAACAGCAAAAUUCGAACCAACAGCCUCUUCUUAAUGGUAUCCCACGCAGCUCCUCCGCAGUCUCAGCAAGCAGUGGAAUGCAAGGUGUGCCGGCUGGGACUCCAAACGGACUUCCGAAUGGUAUCCCCACAAAUAGUGGUAUAAAUCAGGCAAGGCCCCAUACAGCCAUGCAGGGAAUGCCAAACGGGACACCUGGAAGUACACCUAUGCCACCAGGUGGAAUGCCGCUGAAGAUGAUACCCCAACCCGGGCUCCAGCCAACGAUGAAUGCCCGUCCUGGGAUGCCCUUAUCAUCAAAUUCAGAUAGCGCUCGCAUUAUCCGUGAAGCAAACCGUGUUCAAGAGCAACAGCGUCUUGUGCAGUCCCGGCAGCAGCAGCACCAGUUCCAUAACCCACAGCCGUUUGUGCAACAAGUUCCACACUCGUCUCCCAAUAUGACCAUCCCAAGUGUCAAUUCGGCGCCGGCCAAUGGCUCGAUGAUGGGUGCCUUUCAGGCUGUGAGUGGCGUUAGCAGCCCUUCUUUUCAUGCACCAGCUCUUUCUCAAGGUGUCUCUACCGCUUCCCCUCGUAUGAAUCAUCCGACUCCGCUCUCUACCAAUAACCAAGCUAUGCCCACUGUCAGCAGCAUCCAAAAUUCAAUUCAACGGAGCCAUCCAAAUAUGACAGCCGAACAGGCGAACAAGCUUGCCAAUGAGCGACUGCAACAGUAUCAUCAGCAGCAGCAGCGAAUCUCACAAGCCGCACUGAAUGCAGCAGCGGGUAAUAUUGGUGCCAUGCCUGCAGGGUUCCCGAUCCCGCAUGACACCAAUAGUGUGCAGCAGCAGCCAUUACCGCCAUCGAAUGGGGUUCCCAGUAGUGCUCCCCCGCUACAGCUCCCUCAAACUCAAGGACACUCCCCACUCAUGCGCGUUCAACAGCCCAGCCAACCGAAUCGCCUAGGUGUCACAAACUCGCCAGCGAUGAAUGGCAUCGUCCUUCAACCAAGCCGAUCCGCUACCCCGCAAAAUCACCGCACCGGAAGUGGCCAGAGCGUCCCUCCGGGAGUUCAGGUUCCUUCGGUUCAAGCUCCCGGGCAAAAGAGUAGUCCACGGGCUCCCCAGGCGCAAAUUUCCAGCGGAUGAAUUUACACCCUGUCCUUUCCCUUUUCUACAUGUUAGAGUCUUUUUCUUUUACCACAUAUACGUUGAUGAACAAUAUUAAUUGAUGUCUCUUCACGGUGAUGGUAACCCGGAGGCCUCACAUUAUGUACGGUUACGUUGCUUUCUGCCCUCUUCACUAUUGUUUUAACUCACGACCCUCCCAAUUGAUUUUCUUUUAACGUACUUCUUUACUCUUUGUGGGGCCUUUGGUCCUCUGAGGGUGCUUUAUUUCCAUGAAAGCAUGAUCAGGUCUGCUUUCCUCCUUGUUUACUCCCUCACAACGCAUAUGUAUUUGUAUCGAUAGAUGGAUGCAUCAUCGGCUUAGCCAUGCCGGAGCCCCCGGUAUUAGGGUAUGCAGUGGGUUAAAGGUAUAAAUGUAGAUAAUCACCCAGGA